CUGAUGCAUUUUACACCAUUUACUCUAUGAAAUGUCAGUGGAUUGCAUUAGAUGACUGAAUUCAGAUGCUCUUGUAGUGAAAGCAUAUUAAAGCGUGUGGACUUGGGACCCACUGGGAGAGAGUGUGCUUGUUGGGGACUGUGAAUUAGACUUUCCUAGACAGCAAUAUUCAUGAAGACAGUAGACCUAUGACUCAAAUAGGGAGAUCACAGAAGUUUUCCUUAAUGCUAUUAUCAGGUCAGUAAUUAUUUGUUUCAUAGAAACACAAUGAAUAUGAAUGAUAACCAUGUCUCACUGCUCCUGUAUAAAAAUUCUAUGUGUCUCCAACUCUGUGUACCUUCUCUCAGACCCUUGCUUACUACAUGGAUCUUUCAACUUAUCUGUUACAUAUAUUGUCUAGCACAUGUCUAUCUAUAUGAACCAAUCACCUUUUCCAUUUCUCUGCUUUUUCACAGUGUGUGCAUUGAUGGCCUGUGUAUUUUAAUCCUCAGGUGGUUUGGUAUAUAAAUCUCAAAUCUGGUUCAGUGUAUGAUUCUAAUGUCUCUCCUAUGUUUGUAUAUUUCCUUUCAAUGCAUUUAGUAUUUUCAUGACAAUAUAUUUGUCUUUCUUUCCGGAUAACAAGUCAACCUAUUAUAUUUGUUUGCAUAAUUUUAUCUUUGUCUGUUGUUUCUCUAAUUCCAGUGUCCAAAUGCUCAUUUCACUCACUUUGUUAUUUUUCCAGUGGUUAUGAGACCUGAUUUUCUUCCCGCAGGAAUAAAACAGGAAUGACAAAGAAAGGUGACUCUCAGGUAGGGAGGAAUGAAAGGGACAAAUUCUAGCAACCUGGCAGAGUUUAUCUUGCUGGGCUUCUCUGAGCAGCCCCGGCUGGAGAAGGUCCUCCUUGUGGCCAUCUCCAUCAUAUAUGUACUGACACUGGUGGGGAACACAGCCAUCAUCCUGGUCUCCUUCUUGAACCCCAAGCUGCACACGCCCAUGUACUUCUUCCUGUCGAAUCUGUCCUUCCUGGACCUCUGCUUUACAACGAGCAUUGUCCCACAGAUGCUGGUGAAUCUCAGGGGCCCCGAGAAGACCAUCAGCUACACGGGCUGUGUGCUCCAGCUCUAUGUGGCGCUGGGGCUGGGCUCCACUGAGUGCAUCCUCCUGACGGUGAUGGCUUAUGACCGCUUCAAUGCCAUCUGCCGCCCCCUGCACUAUGGCGUCAUCAUGCACCCCAGGCUGCUCCGGCAGCUUGCGGCUGUGGCCUGGAGCAGUGGUUUUGUGGAGUCCACGCUUCAGACCAUCCUGGUCUUCCAGCUGCCUCUCUGCAACCACCACAGGGUGGAUGAUUUCAUGUGUGAGGAGCCCGCCCUGAUUAAAAUUGCCUGUGUGAACACCACCUUCCUGGAGAACGAGCUCUCCAUAGCCAUCGUCCUCUAUGUGGUCAUACCGCUGGGGCUGAUUCUGGUCUCCUACGGCUGCAUCGCCAGGAGUGUGCUGAGAAUCAGGUCCACGGAAGGCAGGAGGAAAGCGUUUGGGACCUGCGGGUCCCACCUGCUGGUUGUGGUUUUGUUCUUCGGGACUAUAAUUUCUGUCUACAUCCAACCCAAGAGCGAGUACACGCAGAACCACAGUAAAUUCCUCACCCUCUUCUAUACUGUAGUGACGCCCUCGCUUAAUCCUCUCAUCUACACGCUGAGAAACAAGGAGAUUAAGUGGGCUCUGAGGAGACUGCUGUGGAGGGACCCACAUCAGGGACAACCGUGACACGUACUCAGCCAUUCCCCAGGUGCCGAGGAUUUACACAUCCCGCGUCUAAGGGUCACAGCUUCGGCUCCGCAGUAAAACAGGAGUGACAUUUCCUUUCAAUGGCGUCCUGAAGUUACUACCCUAAGCCCUUCUUUUAUCCUCCUUUCCCAAACUGUUAUGUGUCUUUUUCUGGCUAAUUUGUAAAGAUUCUGUGUAUACAUGAACACGUUUAGAGGCAGGAACAUGUGCACAUGAAUCAUACUUCCAGGAAUCCCGGAGUUAUUGCUCUGGUAACGAACUAUCGCCAUGAGCAGACAGAAGGCAGCUCCAGCUCUUGCUGGUCAUGGCUGCCAGGUGGGUCUAG